AAUGGAACAAAGUGUCAUUCUGCUAUUGAAUGCCGACAACGCAGCGGACGAUUACGAUGGAGCGGACGAUGCGACGAUGCAGCGGACUAUCGAAAGCGACAACGCAGUGCUAAGCAAUUGCCAACAAAUACGAGGGCCCUUGGAAAUCUGUAUUUUGUUAAAAAUACAGUAGAGCACGUGCUUAUGUGGAAUUUUGUCACACAUAAGUGGAGCAUGGUCGACAGCAAAAGCAUCUACAGUGGUAACAUUGAAGCAGUUCCGACUAAGGAAAAGGCAAAAUUUCCUCAACAAUUCUUUCCAGAGAGCAAGUGGUCACGCAAAGGUUUCUUGCGGACACGUUGGUUCCUGAAUGGUACUAUAUUUGACCUAGUAAAUAUUCAUCUGUUUCAUGAUGCAUCUAAUUUUGCCGCUUGCGAGAAAUAUCCAUCAGUGUAUUCCAAAAGUAGAAAUCGGGCACUUGUGUAUAUACUCGAAAGGUUUCGCAAAGAUAGAGCAAACCUUCCAGUGCCAUACUUUUUAUUUGGCGAUUUUAACUUCCGUUGUGACACAAUGGCCGUAAUAAAGGUUGGUCAUAAAUAUCCGGCCUAG